AUGCCGUUGAACCGGGAAUUGCUGGCCUCCGUAAAGCUGGAGGCGAUCAGCGGCGCCGACUGGAUGGACGAGGGCCAUGAGAAGGCCAACGAUGGCCGCUCCGUUGGCGCCGACGGCUCCCAGCACCUGGCGAUGGACAACGCCGAGGAGGAUCAGCAGAACCCGGCGACGAAGAACCUCAUCCGGUGCUUCAAGAUUGCGCUAGAGCGCGUCAUCACCAGUAUCUCGCUCCCGGAGAAGCAGCGGCCGCUGAACCCGAAGAAGGACUUCUCGAUUGAGGCGUCCAUGCGCUUCCGCGCCACCCGCAGCGGUGGUAUUCAGUGCUGCGGGGCAGGCACCACGAAUGUGAAGCAACGGCGCAAGCCGCAUUCUCAAAUGGUCAAGGCCCGGCCCACCGACGUCGUGGGAUCGCGCGCCGUCCAAUCGUCGCACUACCGCAGUGAGAUUACGCACAUGUUCUCGAUAGUCGACCGCGACUCCAACUCAGACGCCGAGCAGCAAGUUGACUACGGCGCCUUCGUUAUGCCCGGUUCUACGGCCACUGCGGGACGCAGCUCCUCGCCCGGUCGCACCCGUCGUCCGCAGAAAGCGGCGGCACCACUCAACGGCACCUUCGUCGACUUCACCAGCGACGACGACGACGACGACGAAGAGGAAGAAGAUCAGCCGCCGGUGAACUUUACCUUCACGGAUUACUCUCCCAUGUGCUACCGGCACGUCCGUGAGUUUUUCGCCGUCGACCCCAAGGAUUAUUGCAACGUCCUGUGCAACAGUCGGUGGCACAGCAUCCCUACGCCGGGCAAGUCGGCCGCGCAGCUCUUCUUUUGUGGUCGCGAUUGGGUGAUCAAGACGAUGACCGACAUGGAGAGCGACUUCUUGCGCGAUAUUCUGCACCGUUACUACUACCACGUCCGCGACAACCCCUACACAUUACUCCCGCACUUUGUUGGACAUCAUCGCAUGCGGAUUGGCGCUAAGACGUUCAACUUCAUUAUCAUGCAGAACGUCUUCGCCACCACAAACACCAUUCACGAGAAGUUCGACUUAAAGGGCAGCACAAUUGGACGCUUUGCCUCUGAUGCAGAGAAACGACGCGCGACGUGCACGCAGAAGGACCUUGAUAUCAACAGCCCCCUCCACGUCGGCAGCGAGCGACGCGCGCUGUUGAUCGAUCAAAUUAAAAAGGACUGCGAGUUGCUCAAGCGGUCGCGCAUUAUGGACUACUCCUUUCUCGUUGGGAUUUGCGUGUUGCACUCGGCGGCGGAAGGUGGUGCAGCGCACACCGGUUCUCCGGGCCCGCUGACGCGCACGAUGGGAGAGGCGACGCUGCGCGUGGGGUCCACGACGGCCUGCGCAAACUUGGGUGAGGGACAGGACGUCACCGUGGCGGACCUCAACGAUCACGUCCGCAACGCCAGCCUUGACGGACGCUGCUUUACCGCGGAUCAAGGUGGCAUGCUGAGCAGCAAGGUGCCCGGUCUAAGGCAAGAAAUCUAUUACAUCGGCAUUAUUGACAUAUUGCAGGAAUAUAACACGCGCAAGCGUCUGGAGAACGUUGUGUUUGGUACAAUGCACGACCGCAAGCGCAUCUCCUGCGUCGACCCCAACGACUACGCCUCUCGCUUUAUCGCGUUUAUGUCCUCCAUCAUUGUUUGA